GCCCCGAAAGAAACAAGAAUACCUUAAAUCCUUCUCUCUCGAAAACCUAACCAUCUCUGCAACUUUUUCUUCGAUCUCUUUCUUAUGGCGGCCUUAAACCGUCUAUUGAGAACCAGGGGAUUAUUAUCAUCAUCACCAUUUACAUCUACGGCUUGUAGAAGUUAUUCCUCACCAGCUGCAGAAAGUGAGCGUAAAUUCUCAUUUGGUGGUAGUAUUGGCAAUAAUAAAAUCCCUCGUAAAGAUCCAAGUGAAAGAGAUGUUCAAUGGGUAUUCUUAGGUUGUCCAGGUGUUGGUAAAGGUACCUAUGCAAGUCGUCUCUCUAAUUUGCUUGGUGUUCCUCAUAUAGCUACUGGUGAUCUUGUCCGUGAUGAACUUUCUUCCAAAGGCCCUCUUUCUCAAAAGCUUGCCGCGAUUGUGAAUCAGGGGAAAUUGGUGUCAGAUGAGAUUAUCAUAAGCUUAUUGUCAAAGAGGCUUGAAGCUCAAGAGGCCAAGGGCGAAUCAGGAUUCAUCCUUGAUGGUUUUCCACGAACCAUCAGACAAGCUGAAAUAUUGGAGGGAGUUACCGACGUUGAUUUGGUGGUUAACCUAAAGCUUCGAGAAGAUAUAUUAGUUGAGAAAUGCUUGGGAAGAAGGAUCUGCAACCAGUGUGGUAAAAACUUUAAUAUUGCCAAUAUUAACGUCAAGGCUGAGAAUGGGAACCCUGGAAUAUACAUGGCUCCACUUCCUCCCCCAGCUGGUUGUGAAUCCAAGCUCAUUACACGGGCUGAUGAUACUGAAGAAGUUGUAAAACAGCGGCUUCGAAUAUACAAUGAACUGAGUCAACCUGUGGAAGGUUUCUACCGUAGCAGAGGGAUGUUAAUGGAGUUUGAUCUACCCGGAGGAAUCCCAGAAUCAUGGCCAAAGCUUCUGCAUGCACUGAACCUUGACCAAGAGGAGAAGCAGUCUGUAGCUGCAUAAAUUUAUUGAAUUGAAGUAAUUCAGUAGAUUUUGGGAAGAGUUUGUCAUUUUUAGCAUGUGUCAAAAUCUACAUAUGCAAUAAUUAUUGAUAAAGAAAAACAUCAAUUAUAUUAUUUAUUGUUCUACAAUAAAAACACUGAACUCUUGGAAAAUAUUGUUGAGGCAUCAGACAUCAGCUGUGAAGCAUGGGUAGGCUUUUUUGUAAGGGGUGAGUUUUUGUAAUUUCAAGUGUAACGGGCGAUGCACCAUUUUUGUUUUUUGUACCUUGAAUGAUGAUUCUUUACCAGCCCCAUCUUCUCCA